GGGAUCUGCCCCAGGCAGGGGUGCAGCAGGGGUCACAGGGCGCCCCGGGGACGCAGGGGGUGGGCGUCUCUCUCACGCCUCGCCCUGCAGUUCGAGGGUUGUCACAAGGCCUACUCGCGCCUGGAGAACCUCAAGACCCAUCUGCGGUCGCACACGGGCGAGAAGCCGUACGUCUGCGAGCACGAGGGCUGCAACAAGGCCUUCUCCAACGCCUCAGACCGCGCCAAGCACCAGAACCGCACCCACUCCAACGAGAAGCCGUACGUCUGCAAGCUCCCCGGCUGCACCAAGCGCUACACGGACCCCAGCUCCCUGCGCAAGCACGUCAAGACGGUGCACGGCCCCGACGCCCACGUCACCAAGAAGCACCGAGGCGAGGCGCUGCUGAGCCGGGCGCUGGCCGCCCCCGGGGGCCCCAUCACUUAA